AUGCCAAGAAGAAUCCAUCAUCCAGACGGCAGCUUUUUCAGAGGGAAAGGACACAGCUAUCUUGCAGCAGAAGAAGCUCUGGGUAUUGGACUCUUCAUUUUGGUGCUGGCAAUUUUCCUCUUCUUUGGCUGCUGGUAUUAUAAAAGACGUAGUGGCUAUAAAAGUCUGCGGAGCAAAAGCUCUAGUGUGGGCACAAUAAGAACCAUGGUAGGCGAGGGAACAACACUGGACUGCAAAAUGCCUCUGCAGGAGUACAGAAACUUUAAUUUGGUGGUACCUGAUGCUCCACCAGCUUAUGAUAAAAUUGUUGCAGAUCAAUCACCACCACCUUAUUCACCCUGA